CUCGCGUCUCCACCAAUGAGAGGCGGCGCUGACGCGCUCCGCCCGCGGAUUGGCUGCCGCGCGCGGCAGUGGGCAGAGCGGCAUCCGGUGCGGCGGCGGCGGCGGUGGGUCUGUCGGUGCGGGGCGGCCAUGACGGCGCACAGCUUCGCGCUGCCGCUCGUCCUCUUCUCCGCCUUCUGGGGCCUCGUGGGCAUCGCCGCCCCCUGGUUCGUGCCCAAGGGGCCGAACCGCGGGGUGAUCAUCACGAUGCUGGUCACCACCGCCGUGUGCUGCUACCUCUUCUGGCUCAUCGCCAUCCUGGCCCAAGCCAACCCCCUGUUCGGGCCGCAGCUGAAGAACGAGACCAUCUGGUACGUGCGCUUCCUCUGGGAGUGAGCAGUCCUCGGGAGCUGGCGCCUGAAGAGAGACCACCCCCCUCCCAAAAUCAUCACCCUCUUGCUGCUGUUCCAGCCUCUAUCCUCCUGUACCAGGCAGCCCCCAGAGGUGCUGGGACAGAGGCUGGAUCCGCUGCCCAGCGCACCCUGAGCGCUGCAACCUGGACCGAUGAUGGCUGGGCCCCUGAGCAUGGCAGGCAGCACCCCUGCCUGGGAUGAGGACCUGGUAAUCCUGGCCCCGAGAGCAGACACGCUACCAGGGAGAGAUCUCCUCAGCUGGCUGAGUGCUGCAGUUAUUGACACUGAGCACCAUCCUGAGAGAGAUCUGCGUGCAGUGCCAGUGGAUCCUGUCCCUGCAGUGCUUGACCUGCUCCCUCUAGUGCACUCAAGCCCCAGCCCCCUGAGUGAAACCCCUGCUCGUAGCCCAAGCUGCCCAACUAGUUACUGUGUCCCUGGUCAUUUCAGGCACCAGCUGCCCCUCUGCGUGCAACGGGCUCCUGCCUUCUCAUCCUCUGUUGUGUGGUCAGUCCCCUGCGGUGAGGGUGGUCCUUGCUAAGACAGAUUCUGGCUGUGGGUGUGAGAAGGGAGGGCUGACCCUUGAGGAGCAUGCAGCCCCCCGUGGGUGUGAUGAGGGAAGCGCUGGGAUGUAGGGCAGGGGAUUCUGCCGCUUGGCAGCCUGCAGGGGGGGUUAAAGUGGUGCUGUGUCUCCUCCCACCUCAGCAGUGAGGGUGCUGCAGUAGUGUCUAGGUACCCACCACCACCACCACCUGUGUCCAGGUUCUGAGAACUGAGUAGGGCAUUGUGUUUUAGGUUUCCCCUUAUUUAUCAGAUAAUUUAUCUGUAUUUAUUUAUUUGUCUGUGUUUGUUAAAUUUGUGUUGUGGAAAUAAAUCCUUUUUCUAGUAAGUGA